AUGAACACUCGUCGAGCACGAAAUAAACGUCCAAAACCCAGAGGUGUUAUUGAAGAUGAGGAAGAAGGCAACAGCACAGGUAAGCUACUGUACAAAAGCCAUGUGUGUUGCUUGGAACGUGUAUUUUUUUACUUGUUUUGUCCUGCAAAAUACUGUGAUGAACUGAUCACGAACAUCAAUGUAGCUAGUUAGCUAGUUGCACUGUUACUUAUUUAUUGUUUUUAUUCUAUGGAGCACCCCGACCUCAGCUUUUCACAGUGCAAUGUACUUGUACAUAAAUCUUGUGACAAUAAACAUCUUGAAUCUUGAAGCGUUAGCCUUGCUAUCGCUCAGGUUAGUGGAGCAGGGUUCAAAACCAACGGCACUACAUCGUCCAGGGCUUGCAGGGGCCGAAUUACAAUUAGGCCGGAUUUUCAAGAGGUCCCCCGCUAGAUGAUAAUUUGGAACUAAAUGGGACCCUUGUGGGUGUGUAACUCUGAGAGUAUACAAAAGGAACCAAAUGGACCCGGUAGUGUCCAUUAUUUUUACACUCUAAAUUAAUCAACAAUAACUUUAGCCUCUCAAAAAGGGACAUAUCUUUUCAAAUAUGGCUCUGCAGGCUAAUAUGUGUGAGUUUGGAGGUGUUGACAGGAAAACGUUUAAGAACCACUGGCUUAUACUGAUUCAAACCGACUCAUGUUUAGCCCAGGGACCAACAAAUGUGCCUUAUCCACAAUGGGUUCAUUUGAAAAAGGCUUCAAAGCUCCCCAGACCUAUUUGGAAUGAAUUAUUCUAGCCUUCAUAGAGUAUAAUAGUGGGCGGGGUUUACUGGUUCCACUAAAAUGAGCCCCAUUCAUUUUCACCACAGGCUUUUACAAAUAUAGUUAUAACAAUUAUUUUUAACUUAGAACCAAGCCAUCCAGCUUUCCAGUGAAUCAUGACCAUGAAACCUUUGAUUCUAUGAAAAGAAAAAAAGAAACGCUAAACAAAGGAUAUUUAUGAAACGAAGUAUAUCAAAUAAUUAAAUAUUCAAAUAUGUAUUAAGAAACAGUGAAAAUAGCCAAUCUACAAGCUCUCAACAUGGUGUGUACUGAUUGAUGCGAAGGGUUAUGUCACAUUAGGUCCAGUUGAAACAUUGAACAACUUGUGCUUAUGCCAUUACUCAGUGUUAUAGCUGGCAAACACAACAUUAGUAACAAGCACUUUUGGUUAACUAAUCACCAUUUAUCAUCUCUGUUUCAGGAAACCCUGUGUCCCAGUCGCCCACUGCUGAGCUGGCAGCAAAGAGGAUGCGCAUACAGCUAGAGAAGGCCAAGAAAAAUGAAGCUUCUCAAGCUAAAGUGAUUGAGAAGUUAACUAAAGAGAAGGAAGACCUUCUGGCUGAAGUGGCCAAAUGUAAGUACUCCACUUGUAUUCAGUUACAUUAGACAGGACAACUAUCCACUCGUCCUUGACUCUUUGCCCUGUUACCCCCCAAACUGUGGAACAAACUCCCAGUUGCACUUAGAACUACAAACUCAAUGGUUAGUUAAUUUUGCAAACUUCAAAUAGGCUAUUUGCAGUUCAGUUCUACUGUAGCCUAGAGUUAUUAGUUUUAAGAACCUUGUUAACCAGUAAAAUCACUCUCAGCCCCACUGCUCCUUUUUGUAGUUUGUGAUGUGAUAUAGGCCUUGCUACAUGCUCAGUGUUUGUGCUUUUGUAUUCCCUAAGAUGCCCCUCUCUAUUGUGUCUAAUUCGUUGUUUGUCUUUGUAUCUAUUGUUUUGCUUUCUUAGAUGAGAGAAAAAGGGCCAAGGCAAAUGAAGAAGAGUGCAUAUCCAGUGACUCCCAGAUUUCAACAACCUCCACAUCUUCCUAUUUGUCAUCUUCCUACUCUUCAACCUCAGAGGAGGAGAGAAAGAAGAAAGGGAAGAAGAAGAGGAAGAAAGAGAAGAAGACGAGGAAGAAAGGGAAGAAACAGAAACGGCCAAAAAGGAAGAAGGCAAAGUCCAGUAAGGACAAAGGAAGACGCAGAGGUAACUGGGCUGUGCAAACAUGACCUUUUUGGGGACCACAACACACACACAUCUGCGCUCUUUCCUAAUAACUUGUACUUUUGCUUUAUAGUGUCAACUUAUUUUUAAAUAUUAGAUCUUUCAGUCUUUUGUUAGUUUAAAGGGUACAACCGUAUUACGUAUUUUGGUGUCAAAACGCCUGUUGUAUCAAGAAAAACUACAGAAAUGACAGCAGAGAUCUACAGCUACAAUCGUAGGUCUGCUAUAUCAAAUUUCAUAAAACAUUUCUCUUUGUAUUUUUCAUUUCAGCAAUGAAUCCUCAGCAGGUGGUUGAGAGGUACAAGAAGGUGCUGGGUCACUUCCAGAAGGGCAAAAAUCUGUCUGAGAGCUACAACGCUGUGGACGUCAACAGAAACACCAUUGCAGCCAGCGCCUCCAUUCCAGAGCUCGCCAUAUCCGCACCGGAUAAAUAUGCUGACGUUCUGCAGGGCUAUUCUAGGUCGCAGAAGCUCAAUGUAUUUGUGCAGGAAUGUUCAAAGGUCCUCAGUGAGGACCCCGAAUUGAUGGCCAAGGUAGAUGAGCUUAAGGAUGAAGGGAAACUACUCCCGGUCUCAAAGAGAACAUAA